AUGCUUACCACUGUUCCCACUGAUGCCCUUAAUGACACAUCUAAUCUCAUGAGCCUCUACCUGCAGAAAAAUGCUAUCAUGUCAGUUCCUGAAAAUGCUUUCAAUGGGCUAUCGGCAUUAAGAAAACUGUGUCUGAGCAAUAACCGCAUUGAGCUCAACCUAUCCUCAUUUGCAACAAUGAGAAAGCUUAAAGACCUUGAUCUAAGCAACAAUAAUUUGACAAAAAUUUCAAAGGGGAUUUUACACAAGCCACCAUUGCAACUUCACGAUGUCCAAGACCAAGCCUCACAAGGGGGUCCUGAACUAAGCAAACUUAACCUGAGCAAUAACAAAAUUCGGGUGAUUGACAAGCAUGUGUUUGAAAACUACAGCAAUUUGAACAAACUCUGCUUGUCCAACAACCAUUUGAAAAAUUUAGAGGAAGGGACCUUCAGGGGUGCACUGGACCUGACUCAUCUUGAUCUCAGUGAAAACCGGCUUACCUCUGUGCCCACUGGUGCCCUUAAGGAUACCCCUAAUCUCACAAGUCUAUUUUUGCAGAAGAAUGCAAUCACGUUUGUCCCUGAAAAUGCUUUCUCAGGACUAUCUGCACUGAAGAAAUUAGACUUGAGCAAUAAUUACAUUGUACAUUUAAAUGAGAAGUCCCUGAAGUCUCUGUUCAAUCUUGUGGAGUUAGAUCUGAGCUUCAAUCAACUACGAACUCUUAAAAGUGUGCUUCAAGACUUGGAGAAACUGAAGAUUCUGAAAUUGCACCAAAAUUACCUAUCAUCACUUCCCAAUGGUGUGUUCAACAAUUUGACUGAAUUAACUGAACUACGGCUUGAUAGCAACAAUCUUUUUGACAUCUUACCAGAUCUGUUCCAUCCACCAACUGAACUCCGAGAUUUAGACAAGGAUCGUCAUAAUAUCUCUGGGUUUAACUCAUCCUCAUGCACAACACUGACAAACAACCUCCUCACAAAAAAUUACAAGGAUCUUUUCAAUGUUACACCAACAACCAAUGAUAAUGUGAAAUAUCUAGCCUCACUAACAGAUGCUGAACUUAGGGAGCUCUUAGUCAGUAAUGCUGAGAUGACAGAUAUGAACUGCACAAACACAAUUAUGCGCUUCCUGUUCAACAACCACUUGAAAAGUACAGAGAAAGGAACUUUCAAGCACACAUUCAGAUUGUCCGAUCUUGAUCUCAGCAAAAACAAGCUCACUACAAUCCCCAGUGGUGCCCUCAAAUCUAUUCCACCCAUUGACUGA